AUGAAGGUACCGUCGGUAAAGUUGGAAGUGGACGGUGAACCUAUUUUCCUAAAACGACGCGUCCUCCCAUACGGUCAACGGGAAGGUGUCCUGAAAGCAUUACAGAACAUGGAGCAGGAUGUUUUGAUAAGCAAAGUUGAAUCCAGUGCCUGGGCUACCCCGAUCGUUGUGGCGAUGAAAAGUGAUGUUCAGGAAGCUCGACAAAUGGUACACCGGGCGAACAUGACAUCAGAAUUAGUACAUGUGAUGCGCCGAUCACAAACUGAUUCCUCUGCGCAAACGGUCAAGAUAUUGGACAACGAUGCUUCAAUCAACGAUGUGGCCUAUUACUAUCUAUAA